UGUCCUUCCUGACUCCUCUACGCGUACUUUCCUUCAAUAAUCGCCCUCCAACGCGUAUUUGAAUCCCGCUUAGGAAUUCGAUGUCUCCCCUGGACACUUCCCCUGAACACCUUCGAGCAGCAGCUCAAACAAACCCCAACACUGGCGCCAUGUGCGAAUUCGGCUACUUCAUUUACAAUGGAUGCCACCAUCGAUUCAUUGAAAUCACCAGCUACUGCUCACCGGUACUGUGGAAAGCGGGUAUGACGGGGAAGUUGAUUCCGUGCAAGGAAGUGAUAUACACGAACAUGUUCUACAACUUCAACACAGUCUUUACGGCUUUCACUAGGCCCAGAGGCGACAGGAAACCACGAUGGUGGAGAGGAAAGUCGGGAUUUUGCAGGAAAUGUGAGGAUGAGUUUAAGAUGCCCAAAACAAUCCACAAUGAAACACAGAACGGAAUUCCGAUGACGAUCAUCCGAAAGGACGGAAAGGGAGAGAAGGAAGCAAAGGAAGAAUUGGAUUUGAACCAAAUAUGGCCACCGCGCAAUUUUGAUUCGACUUACAACCCUUUUUUCAGUCCUCUGAAACGCGGCCACCUCCCACAGCCAGAAUUCGAUCACCCAUUCAUCUACACACCAUACGUCAAUCGAACGGUUUCUGACCUCCUCCAAAUCGCCGAUCAAUCUUCCGAAGAACACCAGGAUCGCCGCCACCUAUACUAUCCACCGAACCUUGAGCUCUACGAUUCCAAUCGUCAGUUAUCUCAAUGGUGUUCGUGCGCUCAUUACAUGGGUAUCCCAUUGGAGAGCUGUUCCAACCCGUACUUGACAAACAAUGGCGGCUUGACGUUGGCAGACAGAUCUUAUAUUCAACAUGGUUUGAAAUUGGGUUGGGAGGUGGAGUAUAUCUGGAGGAAGAAGUUCAGGAUGAGGGGAAUGGACUUCGAGUCUUUCAAGCGCUUUGCGCCAGCAGGAGAAACCCUCCCAUCUAUGAGCAAUGGCUCAGGACGGGAAUGAUAGACGAUUCGACCGGCGGCUCCAUUCUGUACUAUGAUAGCAUGGAACUUAAUCGCAUGAAAAAAGGGCCGGUACAAACUGGUCUUGCGUCGCAUUAGAAAUAUACAUACGUUCUCAGCACCAAUCCGUUGUAAUGCAACAUUCCAAAGCCCU